AUUGGCGUUUUGACGUCUCUGUGUGUGAAAAAAAAGUCCGUGAAAAUUUUGUAAAAGAAUUUUUGUUCACUCUAUCAAAUUGCCUUCCUUCGUGGGCUCUAUUCCUGGGCUCUGCCCUGUCCUUUGUGAUCACUCUCUUAGUGUUGUUGAAAAUUCAUUUGGGUCUCCCCACCGAGUGGGCUGGAUCGAAGAAAAAUCCAUUCAUGCGAUUAUCACACAGGGGACAUCUUGCGUAUAUGCGCUGAAUAUUUGAGGGUUUUUGGGGGCGUCUCUGGGUAAGCCCUACAAGUGGCGUGAUUUGUGAAGGAAGUUCGUGAAAGAAAAAAAAAGGAAGAAGCCAAAACGCCACUGCAGAAGAACCAAAAAAUACUACGUAGAAAAAAGAAGAAUAUUCAGCAGGUCAGUUUGCGUGUGGGUUGUGUAUCAAAUGAGGGCAGAGUCUCACUUCUGUGCUGUGCCUCAGAAAUUCCUGUAUGCAGAAAAAAAUGGAGAAUGCAGAUGGAUCCAAUCGCUCACGCGAACAUGAUUCAUUGAGUGUCUCCCUGCGGAAUUUCCUCAAUGUUGCCUUUCAGUCGACAACCGUGGACACAUCUGUAGCAUCAGAACGUCCAGACAUGGACUGUGAUCGCCUAUUUGCUGCUGAACCAAUUGAUGAUGGAAUUCUCGAUCCAGCCGUCUUCCUGACUGACUACCAUUCGCUGAAUCCCAACGUUCGGCUGCCUCAUGAUUUACUCUCACACCCGAUAUCCAAUACGUAUUCAGCUUAUCAAAAUCUGAGUGUUGUUGGUGCCAACUGUGAGAUUCUCACGUCAAAUUCUGUUCCUCCAACGUCAAUAAUGCAACCAGAUUCAUCAACAUCCGCCACGGGAGAGUUCUAUCGGGAUCCCUUCCCACUGGAAUGGUCUCGUCUCACCCCAUUGCCGCCUGAACAGAACUAUCAACCCCCUGAGGAGGUAGUUACGGACACGGCGAUUAAUCUGAGAAGGAGACGUGCUAGUCCCGAUGAGAAUCCAACUCCGUGCAAAAUUCCCAACACAAAUCCCGAUUCAUCAACGACAAAUUGCCCCACAAAGUACGAGACUGAAAAUUCCAUUGAGGACAUGCAGCCAAUUCCCGAGGAACACAACUAUCUGCCACAGGAAGUGUCAAAUCAUGAACCAUUCAAUUGCGUUGAAUGCUUCCCACCCACCUCGCAUGCUCAUGCUGAAAAUGUAACACAAACCAAAGUUGAGAAGAAGACAGAAUCGCCCAGGAUGGCAUUCUAUCAGCCCCAAAGUCCCCAACCUGGAAGUUCCGGAGGAGGAGGAAACUUCUCCAGUGAACCUAUUCCAGGACCAAGUGGUGUUAGUAGAACUUCCGGAACGGGUAGGAAUACAAAGCAUGGUGGGGUGAUUAAGAAAAUUGGCAUUUGGUAUGAUGAUUCAAGUUGUGACGAGAGUUCAGACAAUGAGAGUGACCGGAAGCACUAUCAGGAGUCCCUUUCAUCGAGAUCUGUGAUUGUUACAAAUGAAGCAGCCGUCCAGACGACGUCUGAUGCCUCACAGGCACCAUCGGGUUCAUCUGCUGGUACAGCCGAUGUGCCUGGACCAUUCCUAACUGCUCCUGAUCUCUCCCUCGACUGCUUGUACGAUUCGAGUGGCGAUGAGAGUGAUGUGGUGCUCGUAACACCGGACAAUCCCCCAAUUGAUCUUACGGGAGAUUCAGAUGAGGAGGAUUUGUCAUACGGAAUGAUACAGCCAGCCCACUUGGAUAUACGCCCACAGCGUAUUGAGAGUGGUCGAAGGGCACCAACGGGUGAAGGGCUUUCAACAGGUGGCAAUGCAUCGAGUAGUACGAGUGAUGUCCCACAGCCCAUGAGACUCUUCAGUGAGUACCCGUGGACAACGUGCAAUCCCUUCCGGAUGCACACGGAUAACACAUCGGACUACAAUGUGGAUUACUUCUCGCCAAAUCGUCGUCCAACACUUCCGGUGCCGUCAAUUCCAACAACAAUUUAUCGUAGACGUGAGAAGCCAGAUCGUGCGCAGGCAGGAAGUCGUCCCGUCUUGUCACCACCAUCUGUCUCACCGGAUGUGCCGGUGGAACGUGCAAGUAGUGCAAUGCACUGGGCAGUCAGUAGGGGUACAACAGCGUGUGAUUCUCCGCCCCAAAGAAUGCAUCAUCUACUCUCAAGGGCCAAUGAUCCAAUUCUCACCAAUAUUUGUGUUGAUCAACGUCUCAGGGAGAUUGAGCGUCCUACAACACCACCGCCGUACAUUAGGGAUGUUUCCCCAUUGCCCCAGGAGUACAAUGCAUCAGAUUCAACUGUGAUCUACGUGAUUCCAGACUCAGAUCCAAUACCUUCGGAGGGUCAACGGGAGAGAGUUCCACGUCCCAUUUCUCAAGCACCAGCUCCAAUACACAGCACUGAGGGUGGAUGUGGUAGUGGCAAUGGGGGUGGUGGUGGUGCGAGGAUGAUGAAUCAACCGAAUGGAGGAAGUGGAUCGAGCUCAUUUCAUGUGAUGGAGAGACCAACAAGGACUAACUUGUGUGGUGUUGUAUCGUCAACGCAUCAACCAAUAAUGACACCAUCAACGCAACAUUCAUUUAGAACUAUCUUUGGACGCACAAAUGCCGGGCAGGGAGCAUGCCAUCCGCUGCUGGAUCAUCGCUACAGUCGCAUGGGGACACGACAAAAUUCACCCUAUCAUAGCAAUUGUAUCCGUCCACCACCGUAUGCGCCGCAUGAGAAUCUGUGGUGUCGCCAGCAGAAUACCCAGGAACUCCAUAGACGCCUCAUGACGCCCAGCAAUUGUGUCAGUGGGCAUCGGCAGGCCUCUUCCCGGCCAGCGUGUGGCUGCAAUGAGACCCGUGGAAGCUUCCUCUAUCCACGGCGUCGUCGUACAUCCUAUCCAGCUGCCAUGGAGCACUCCCCGCCGCCGUUGCAGCAGCCAACCCUACCACGGGAUUCACCCUUCCCCAUUCGUUCGUAUCGCGAUCACAGGUUGUGGCAGGAGAUGCUGAGAGCACGUGAGCAGCAUGUGUACCACCAUAUGUUCCAUCCAUGGUUGGAAGAGGCUUCGGGUCCGCAGCUACAUGUGAGCAUUGGCUUGAGACCGGAACGUGACACAACGCAUCCACUUUUGUCGCGUCUCAAUCAAUUUGUGCGCGUCAUUGAGGCACGUGGCUUGGCAGGGAGCAAUCGUGGGGCGACGCAGGAAGUGAUUGAGCGCAACACCUUCCCGCACAAGUACAAGCGGGUGUCCAGAUCAACAGAUGGGGAUGAGGAUAAUACGGAGAAGUGCACCAUCUGCCUGUCGCAGUUUGAGAAUGACAACGAUGUGAGACGCCUGCCGUGCAUGCAUCUUUUCCACAUGGAUUGUGUCGAUCAGUGGCUCGUGACGAAUAAACACUGCCCCAUUUGUCGUGUUGAUAUUGAGACUCAUCUGAGCAAAGACAUGACUUCCAUUUGACCGCAUCUGCACAAUCUCUUCUUUCCGGAUUAGUUAAGUGUUGCAAAAAUUAUUGGCUCAAUAGUUGAACAAAUUUUUCUUCUAUAAAAAAAUGGAAUCGUUAAUUUAACUUCUUUUCUCUAUAAAUUUUGGGAUUCAUUUGGAAAAGUAAAAAAAAGAACAUGAAAGAUCUUAAUUUUGGAUUUAAAUAAAAAUGAAGAAUAAAAAUUAUAAUCCCUAAAAGACCUAGAAAUCAGCAGAAAUCAAGAAAUAUUGAAGAAAAGACAAAAAAAAUUAAAAUUUAUUGUUUAAUUUCUCUGUAAAACUUUAUUUUCUAUUAAUCUCUUAUGUUAAAAAAAAUGUUAAUUUACUUAUGGAACAUGCUAAAUGGGGGUGAUUUAAGUGGCGGAGGGUAUUUAUGAAUGGGGGAAUUUGGUGUGGAAAUUUAUUUUUGAUAGUAAAAACUCCAAAAUCGAUAUAUUAUAUUAUUAUAUGUAAAUCUUAUUCAAACAAAUAUGUAAAAAGCACUAUAUAUUGAAGAAUAUUUGGGAAAGAAAAAGUGCCAUAAAAUACAAAAUAAAUAGAAAUAAAACAUUUUUUCUCUCAAAA